CCUCUGCACCCGACGAGCCCACCCCGUCACCGCCACCCAUUUUCCGGCCGGAACACCGGCAAAGCUUAGGGAUUUCUCCCUAUUUUCUUGUUCUUGAACCCAGAAUUUCCCCCUUCCCUCUGCAGAAUCCGGAUCUGCUCUGCUCUGCCUCUCCCGUCCGGCUGCUGCUCUUGUUUGUGGGGGCAAAUUGCUCUGGUUUUAGCCGUGAGUCCCCUGCACUGCCACCGGCCUCCCCCAACUGCAGCUCCGGUUUUAGCUGGAAAUUAUGGUUUUGAUCGUUCUGUCAUCGUAGCACUUGGGUUAGCCUUCUGUUCUCUGCGAGUAAGGUAAGUAAAUUAUGGUAAAGCCCUCCGAUUUUAAAGUAUGUUUAAAUUGUUUUUGAGAUAGUGGCAAGGUUUAAAUUCAUUUUAAAUCGAUUUUAUCAGCAUCUGAAUGUGAUUGAACUGAAAUGAAAGAUUUGAUGAUUUUAACGGGAAUUUCAUUGUUUUCUGGAAUUGAGCAUGAUUGGAAUGAAAUGGGAAUUUCAUUGUUUUCUGGAAUUGAGCAUGCCUAUUCGGAAUUGACUGAACUGUUUUGAUGAACUGAGAGUUUUGUAAAUUAUAAUUUUUUGUUAAAUCCAUGCCCACAUGGAAUUUUUUGGUUAUUUCUAAAAUUACGGAUUUCGAUUGUGAAUUACGGAUUUCUUUUGUAAAUCCUGCAUGGUUUUGUCUUUGAUAUGGUCAUGAUUUCCGAUCCCCGCUAAUGGGUGUAACGCUAGCACUUCUGAUCCCCGCUAGUAGGUGUAACGCUAGCACAUGUCGACAUGUUUACUGAUAUGACCGGUUUAUUCUGACGCCUGCCACUGGGCAAAUACAUUGGCAAAUUCCGACACCUGCCACUGGGCAAAUACAUUAGCACAUUCUGAUGCUUGCCACUGGGCGAAUGCACUGGCACAUUCCGACACCUGCCAAUGGGCGAACACAUUGGUAAAUUUCUAUUGCCUGCCAGUGGGUUGUUAUAACACUGGCCAUGACUUAUAGAUGAGACUACUGAACUGAGUUUUCUUCUGCAUUAACGGUUCGUCAAGAAACGUUUUGUUAUUGAAUUGAACCUGAUUUUGCAUUGACGGUUUUGUCAUUGAACGUUUUGCUAUUGAACCGAAUUUGAUUUCCACAUUAGCGGUUUGUUGUGAAACGUUUUGCAAUUGAAUUGAAAUUGAUUUCCACAUUAACGGUUUAUCAGUGAAAGUUCUGUUAUGCUUACAUGGUUUAUUUGGCAUGUUAAAAGUUUUACCCAAGGGCUAUCCAUAUUUACUUACUGAGUUAUCUCAUAGUUUUCCUUGUCCACCAUUUCAGGAAGCGAAACCGAAGAUGGGGAAACCGAGGGGAGUGACGAGUUAGGAGGCUAGCCAUCUUGUAAUUGAAUAUGGAUUUUAGAUGUAAAUGAUGAUAUUGCAAGCUAGAUUGUAUUGGGAGAUUGUAUAAAUUCAUUUAGUGGAUUGUUAGUUUAUAAGAGAUUUGAUCUGGAGAUUUUGAGUUUAAGUCAUGUUGGACAUAGGAUAAAUUUUAAAAUAUCCG